UCUGUGAACAAAGAAAAAUAUAUUUGGAACUUAAUAAAAAAACAUUAGUUUCUAUGUCAAGAGACAAACAUAUGUGUAGUGGAAAAUAUUCUUUGAGGUGAUAGUUUGUAGCUCUUUUUAAUCAAAUGUUACUCAGAGGAAUUGCAUUUUCGGAAGCGAGGCGAAGUGUCACUAGGCGCAUUUUAAAGCCACAAAAUUCUAGUUGUGAAAAGGAUAAUACUGAAUUGACUUAUGAUGAAGUCUUUCAAUCUAAUUUGGGGUCAAAAGAAAAUACAUAUUCGCAAUCAAUCAAUGAACAUAGCUCCACAAAUUUCCUUCCUCCUGAAGGUGAGGCGAAAUCCUUCGUCGCCACAGCGUCCAAGCUGGCCGCCGUGGAAGAUGCGGCUCCAAAGGGGCCCGAGGCUUCGAUUCGAUCGAAAGCCACCGCUCUUAAAGUCUCGCCCACGGCAAGGGCUACCCUUCAGGCCCUUCGAUCACCCAGAAACAGAGUAUCAAGCCCUCUUACUCCUUCUCCAACGACAACUAAGGACGCUGAAACGAUCACUGGUGAUGGUGAAUCUAGUCGGCCUAGUGGCACUGUAAGGCUUAAAAAACUUCUUGAAAGAAAGGAAAGCAUUCUUAGGAAAUGGAGAGAUGAAAAGAUAUGUUUCGAUGAUAAUAAUAAAUAUGAAGAAAGUAAUGUUGGUACAAACUAUGAAAAACUAAACUAG